ACUAUGUCUUUUACUAGGACUUCAUCCACUUUAAGUACAGAGCAAAAGAAUUGUUUUAAGGAUUUCAGUUUUGUGCCACUAGCAGGAGACGACAUGGAAGCUAAUGAUCGCGUUACAUCUGUUCUGAUUUGGCAGGCUGAAAAUUAUCGAACCCACUAUUCACUGAAUCAACCCUAUUGUGCACUAAAUGAUGCUAAGGAAAGAUCUUCUAGUAGAAACAACGAAUGUGACAUACAAGAGGAAUGGUUUCAUGUUUUAGAAAAAGAACAAUUUUCAACAAAGGUGAAACCAAUGUGUUCCGUUAAAGUAUUUACUGUAGGUUCAAUCGUUCCUUCGUCACAAAAUUUUAAAAAUCCAGAAGAAAAAAAAACAAAAGGUACAAAACUUCAAUUGCUUGGAUUAAGUUGCCCUGAAGAAUUGGAUUCAUUUUAUCAUAAUAUGUUAUAUCUUAAUGUUGAAAAUUUUUUUAAGUAUGGACUUAAUAGUGCUCUCAUCGAUCUUGUUUCCACACAACAUUGUGAACCAACCAGUUCAUUUGUUCUAUAUUCUAAAAUGUUAAAAAAAAUUCUUCUGCAAAUGGUUUCUUAUAUGCAAAAUACAUUAAAACUUUCUACUGCGACAAGGAACAAAGGAAAGCUUACAUUUCUAUCACCUUCUUUACAACGUCAAUGGAUAUCUACAAAUACACAUUUAUUGUAUAAAAACAUACUUUUUAGUGAACCUGUUCAUCAAGAGACUGAGUACCCUGUUCUACGUCGUCUGUUUGCUUGCUGUAUCUUAAUGCCAUUAGAUGAAACAACGCAACAUAUAAUUGACGCAUUAUCUGAGAGUGGUAAUGAACUUGAAAUAAGCUUUUCAAAUGCAAGCGACUUAUUGGAUCUUAGGAAUGUGACGUUUUUUAACUUAUUAGAUGAAGAUGCAGUAGACCAUUACCUGGAAACUAUAGAAAAAAGGAGAAAGACGUUGCCUUCUGAUAUAUCUUACGCUGUACUUUGUUCCGUGUAUUGUGACACCUGCCGUGAUUAUUUCCCUGUACCGAAAUCUCAGCUUUCAAAAUUCUCUUUUCUUCAAGUACAGUGCCAAGGCGUCAUUUCUCGUCAAACGGUAGUGCUUGAUAGUUUACUAGCGCUUUUGCAACAGCCACGGUAUAGUAUCAAAGGGUUUUUAAGGCCUACGCAUUUGUUCAGUUGUAUUUUGGAAGAUUUGUUGGGAGGUAUAUCAAAAACAAUUGUUGUAUCUUCAGUUUUUUCAGGAUGUCCAGAAAAACUUAUUGAAAUUGCAACUUCUUUUGCAAAAAUUACUUUAUCACCUUCUGUUAUGCCAACUUCAACAACGGGAGCAAUGGCACAAUGCUUGUUAAACUGGGAAGAAUUCCUUUCUUUUGUCAUCCAAAACUCCUCUUCACCCUGCGUUAACAAAAUCGUGGAUGCUGCGAUUGGACAAAUAUCAGGUUCACAACUAACUCGUGAACAACUUAUUCAUUGCCUAAAGGGUUCCAGUUCUUUUGAAGUUACGGUGUUGCAAUGUCGUAAGCUUUUACUGGGGUCUUGCCGUGUGACUUCAUCGACACAAAGAGUUGGACAACCUAGUACGACUAAUAUGAAGGCUUGCUUCUCAAGAAACAAUUGUAUUGUGCCCAAUGGCUCUUUUCAUCUUAAGAAGGGAAACCCUCUUCAGUUCCCGGCUGAAAAAAGGUUUCACAUUGUUUCCACAUUACGGAUAAUGAAAAAUCCAAGCCGCAAUCUAAUCGAGAUGUCGAGUGACGAACUAUUGUCGUCACAAGACGCAAUCCUAAACUCAUGUAUCAAGAAACCAAUUACACCGCUUUUACGAGAUGAGGUCAAAUCAUUUUCAAAAAAGACAACCACACCGCCCUCAUUUAAUAGAAGAGAAUCAACUUUUCCAAAUGCGGCAACACCAUGGUUACAUCAUACGUCCAUUCCCUUGCCGAUGAAUGAAACGACCACGUCUUUAGUAGACGAGGAAACAGUAGAAUCACGCAACGAAGAGGCCUCAUCGUUGGCCAUUCAAACUAACUCACCUACACUCUUCGCAAUAACGCCCCCGAAAUUGGCAAGAGAAAAGCGCGUGUGGUCAAGGCCUUUUUUUUCGACUCUUUACGCUGACAAAUCAAAUAAAGGCGGAGAUGUGAUCGAGAGCUGCUUUUGUGAUAGUAAAGGGAACGCUGUGAAUCCUCUUAAGUGCAAUCCAAUAAAUAAAGAAAAACCUUCCUCAUUUUGUGCUACACAAGACUCAUUGAGUUUAUCUAAGAAAACAACUGACAAAAAAAGUUUCUCAGAGGCCUUCAUAACAUUACGUAAUAGACUUCAAAAGCAAAAGACUCGAGCAAAUCUAUCGUUUAUGUCAAAUUGUCUAACAAAACAUAGUGCAGUAACUGAAAGCCUUAAAGUAACAAGACCGUUUGACGACGUUUUGUGUAAUGAUCAACAAUGUACACGUCGAAGCUUACGCGAUCCUUUAUUACCAUAUGUAAAAGCAUCUUCGUUCUCUGUUAGUUCAUCAGUUUCUCCCCUCAAGCACUUGUUUUCUACAGAACACAUUGUCAGACGUUCUCAUACGUUAAACGGAAAGAUCUUCGGUCCUUUGCGCCUAGAAAAUCAAGAACAACUUGAAGAUCCGUCUCCACAUCCACUUACAAGCCGUCAAUUCCAUGAAUACGCUACAGAAAAACCCGAUACAGUGUAAAAAGAAGACAAUGUUAGAAUGCAAAUCAAUGAAAUGCCCCAAAUAAUUUUCUGACUUUACAUUUUUUUAAAACUUGCUAUAAUAAAAACAUUUGUUAAUGGAAAAUUGACAUUUUUUUUAAAACAUAAUGUUUUCAAAGUUUGUUAGCUUUUGG